AAUUAGUAAGAUCAAUGUAAAUACAUUUAAGUGUGCAAUGAGUACUAAUUUUAUUGAUUGUUCGGAGCAAGAACAAGCCCGUGAAAUUCGAGAGUUCCUCAAAUCUCUAGGAGCUGAGAUCGAAGUAUCCGACAAUUCUGCUGACGUUAAUGACAUCGUCAACACUUGUAAUGUCGUCUGGAAAUUGGACAAUUCCAUUGAUAUCGAGUCAGUUAUAAACAGUGUGGUGUCUUUGCUGCUCUUGUUGCCGGAGGAACUCCUGAAGCCGAAGAUUGACGAGUUUUGUGGAAUCGUAGUUCGAGAUGCUACUGAAACAAAAAAACUGUCUCUUUGCUUGAAGGUUUUGAUUGGCCUAUUCCAUGCCUUAAGUGAACACAGUGCUUUGAGAUAUCCAGUUUAUAUGUCGAUGUUGACUUGUGCCAAAGGCACCGGGCAGUUGCAAAUGGUGGUGACUGAUUUGGUCACUCUGAAACUUUGGAGGGACUUCUGGAAGUUGACGGACGAGAACUGGCAAGCACUUCUCAGAUUGCUCCAUGAAACUCUAAUUACGUGCAAUGAAGGUGCGCUGGCCGCCAAGACCAUGUACGAGCUUCUCAGCUCAUACACGGGUGAAAAAGCAGGCGAAGCUAGAGAAGAUUCAAUCAGAUGUGUCGAGGCAGAGCUGAAGAACCCAAAUGUGUAUUUAUUCGACCACCUGAUUGGUUUGAAACCCGUAGAGGCUCUUAAAGGAACUAAGAUAUACGAGUUGUUGGAUAUUUUCGUGAACAAGAAUUUGACAGAAUACCAGAAGUUUGAGGGGCUGAAUAAAACGUUCCUGGAGGAAAGCUCUUUUGACCAGGGAGAUCUGCUCAGAAAAAUAAGAUUAUUGACAUUAGCCAGCAUCGCACUGGAAAACAAAGAACUUUCUUUUGCGACAUUAUCCGAUAAGCUGCAGCUCAGCAAUGACGAGAUAGAGAGCUUCGUGAUUGAGGCCAUCAGGUCCAAAGUAGUGAAAGCUAAAAUAGACCAGGUGAACCAGAAGGUUCUGGUCGGCAGUGUUGCACAUAGGACGUUCUCACAAGCCGAGUGGAAGAAUUUGCACUCAGUUCUUCUGUCGUGGAGAUCGAACAUCGAGUCGGUGAGUAAACAGAUCGCAUCCAUAUCGCUCGACCUCAAUAACCCUCUGUGAGUUCUGAUUUGAUAAACUUUGUUGAAAUACAAUUGUUUCCUCUGAUAUUGUUCUUAUAAAAAGCUACCUAGUGCUAGUUAAUAAAUUUUUCGAAAGAAAUCUAGAGAGUCUAUGAAUUUGAGGAAACAGUUGACCUUGAGAAUGCACGUUUAUAUGGGCUUUCUUUGUUUCCUUAAAUGAUCAGUCAAUAAAAUAAGUUUUAAUA